UUCCCAGGGGGCUAAGCGCCAUUCAGCUCGCUGGCGACAACAGUCCCCGGGAAUCCCUACGCACGCUUAGACUCUUGGGAGUUGUAGUACGAAUCCAGUCAGGAUUGGAACCAUGGCGGUGACCAAGGAGCUCUUACAGAUGGACCUGUACGCCCUGCUAGGUAUCGAGGAGAAAGCAGCGGACAAAGAGGUGAAGAAGGCAUAUAGGCAGAAGGCCCUCUCCUGCCACCCAGACAAAAAUCCAGAUAAUCCCAGAGCAGCUGAGCUCUUCCACCAGCUUUCUCAGGCCUUGGAGGUACUGACCGAUGCUGCAGCCAGGGCUGCGUAUGACAAGGUCAGGAAAGCCAAGAAGCAGGCAGCAGAGAGAACCCAGAAACUUGAUGAGAGAAGAAAGAAAGUGAAGCUUGACCUGGAGGCCCGGGAACGGCAGGCCCAGGCCCACGGCAGUGAGGAGGAGGAGGAGAGCCGGAGCACCAGGACGCUAGAGCAGGAGGUGAGCCUCCGGGCAUGCCGGCCUAAAGCCAUCUGCAGGAGAAGGAGGAGGAUCGAACGCCUUCGAGAAGAGGGUUCCCGGCAGCUGGAGGAACAACAGAGGCUGAUCCAGGAGCAGAUACGCCAGGAACGGGAGCAGAGGUUGAGAGGAAAGGCAGAAAAUCCUGAAGGCAGAGGAACCCCCAAGCUAAAGCUAAAAUGGAAGUGCAAGAAGGAAGAUGAGUCGAGAGGCAGCUACUCCAGAGAUGUCCUCCUACAGCUUUUCCAGAAGUACGGAGAGGUGCUCAACCUGGUGCUUUCCAGCAAGAAGGCUGGCACCGCCGUGGUGGAGUUUGCGACCGUCAAGGCUGCGGAGCUGGCUGUCCAAAACGAAGUGGGCCUGAUCGAUAACCCCCUGAAGAUUUCCUGGUUGGAGGGACGGCCCCAGGGCGCAGGGGGCCCCAGCCACCCAGGACUGUCACAGGGCUCAGUGCUGUCCGAGAGGGACUAUGAGAGCCUCGUCAUGAUGCGCAUGCGCCAGGCCGCUGAGCGGCAACAGCUGAUCGCCCGGAUGCAGCAGGAGGACGAGGUGGGGCAGCCCACAUAGCCUCCUGCCUCCAGCCCACUCCCCUCCAAAGCCCUCGUCUUCCACGGCACCAAUAAAGUUUGGGUUUUUUGUUUUU